GCCGCGGACCUGACAGCCGCGCGGGUUGACCUGGUGGCCCGCAGGACCCAGCCCUCUGAAGCGUCGCGGGCAUCUCCUCCCUCCGGCCCGCCCCAAAGGCUUCUCGCGCGGGACAGCCCCCUCCCCGGCAAGAGACUUGGGAACCUUCCCCUCCCGGGAGGAGAGAGACGCCGCUCGGGGAGCUGAGCUGCUUCCCGCCCUCUGCGGGCUUCUCCUCAUUAAUUUUCAGCGCUUCUCUCUUCGAAAGGGGGGGGGGCACCAUGUCUUUCUUCAACUUUCGCAAAAUCUUUAAGCUCGGCUCCGAGAAGAAGAAGAAACAAUACGAGCACGUCAAGAGAGACUUGAACCCGGAGGAUUUCUGGGAGAUUAUAGGCGAGCUGGGAGACGGGGCUUUCGGGAAGGUCUUCAAGGCUCAGAACAAAGAAACCAAAGUCCUUGCUGCCGCAAAGGUGAUUGAUACUAAAUCUGAGGAAGAACUAGAAGAUUACAUGGUUGAGAUUGAUAUUCUGGCAUCAUGUGAUCAUCCAAAUAUUGUCAAGCUUCUAGAUGCUUUCUACUAUGAAAACAAUCUUUGGAUCCUGAUUGAAUUUUGUGCCGGCGGAGCAGUAGAUGCAGUAAUGUUGGAGCUUGAGAGGCCAUUAACAGAACCUCAGAUCAAAGUAGUUUGCAAGCAGACUUUGGAGGCACUGAACUACUUGCAUGAAAAUAAGAUCAUUCACAGAGAUCUAAAAGCUGGAAAUAUUCUUUUUACAUUGGAUGGAGACAUUAAACUAGCGGAUUUUGGCGUAUCUGCUAAAAACACCAGAACAAUACAGAGAAGAGAUUCUUUUAUUGGCACACCUUAUUGGAUGGCUCCUGAAGUGGUAAUGUGUGAGACCUCUAAAGACAGGCCUUAUGAUUAUAAAGCUGAUGUGUGGUCACUGGGCGUCACUUUAAUAGAAAUGGCUCAAAUAGAGCCCCCUCAUCAUGAGUUAAAUCCUAUGCGAGUGCUAUUGAAAAUAGCAAAAUCUGAUCCACCUACAUUGGCACAGCCUUCAAAAUGGUCUUCAGAUUUUAAAGAUUUUCUAAGGAAAUGUUUGGAAAAGAAUAUAGAUGCCAGAUGGAAUACUGCUCAACUUCUGCAGCAUCCAUUUGUUACUGUCACUUCUAAUAAACCAGUCAGAGAGUUGAUUGCAGAGGCAAAGGCUGAAGUAACAGAAGAAGUUGAGGAUGGUAAAGAUGAAGAUGAAGAGGAGGAAACAGAAAAUUCUCUGCAAUUACCAACAAACAAGCGUGCCUCCUCUGACCUUAGCAUUGCCAGCUCUGAAGAAGAUAAACUUUCACAGAAUGCUUCUAUUCUGGAAUCUGUUUCUGAGAAAACAGAACAUAAUGCAGCUGAGGAGAACAUCAGUAUAUUUCCUGAUGAUAAAACAACUGCUGGCAAACCCAAGACAAUUAAAGAUGCGGAAAUUAUUGACAGUGUGUCCGAUACAACUUUUGGAGAUGAUAGAAAUGUGCAGAAUGGGUCUGUAUUAAUUGAGGGAGAUGAGCAAGAGAAAAGAUCAGGACUUGAAAAGAAUACUCAAAAAGUAGAGAAAGUAAAUGAAGACACAGGAUCACAGACAGAAAGAAAAGAAGUUGAUACAGUGACAUUAGAAACAAAUGAUAAACACAGUAUAAAAACAGAGGAAAGAACUGCCACGGAAAAUGAACAGACAGAUGAAAAUAAACUGAAAACACCUGAAAUUGAAGAUGUCAGUGCUCAAACUACACAAGUGAUAUCUAAAGAGAAUGGGGAGAAAGAGGAGAAAGAAAGCAGAACAGAUCUCCAUGAAAAUAAUAAUGAAGAAACAACUACAGAAAAAAUUACAGAGCAAAAAGGUGAUGGCAAAUCUGAAGAAGUUCAGGAAGUUGAGAUGACAGGUAGCACUAAUGAAACUCUGGUUAAAGGUGAAGAGAAAAUGGCUGAUAUAGAUCAGGAACCAAUAAAAAAUGCAGUUGAUGUUGCUCAAGAGACAGGCAGCACUAGUGAAAGUCAGAUCAGUAAUAGAGAGAAAAUACCCGAGAAAGUCCAGAAGCUAAUGGAAAGUAGAACCGAGCAUGUUCAUGAGACAGGCAGCUCUGAAGAAACUCAGAUUAAACAUGAAGAUAAAGUCACCAAUAUAGAUCAGAAAUUAGUAGAAAGUGAAAAUGAAGAUGUUCAUAAAAUAAGCAGCACAGAGGAAACUGAGGUCAAGAAUUCAGGAAAAGUGGCUGUGACAGACCAGAAGCCAGUACCAAGCAAGACUGAGAAUAUUCAUGAGACAAAUAGCGCAGAAGGAAUUCCUACUGAAAGUGUGGAUAAAGUGGUUGAGCAUGAUCAAAAUUCAGAAACAAAUGGACCUGAGGACACCCAGAACAACAUUGAGUUAAAUGCAGAGAAUUCACAAGUUCCGUGUGAUGCACCACUUAAAAACAGGCUUCAAGAUCCUGCAGUUGAACAGCCUUCUGAUUCUGAACUCACUCCAAUACCUAUGAUUAGUGUUAGCACUGAAGAAGAUGAGGAAAAAGUUAAAAUGGGUAAUCAAGUCAUUGCUGAAACAUUACAGCAGCUAGAACCUGAGACUCUAAAGGAAAAUGAUGCAGAUUCAGGCACUGGUUCUGCAACUGAUAAUAGCAUUGAUUUGAACUUAUCCAUCUCUAGCUUCUUCAGUAAAAACAAGGAUAGUGGAUCAAUAUCUUUACAAGAAACAAGAAGACACAAGAAAACACUGAAGAAAACGCGCAAAUUUGUAGUUGAUGGAGUAGAAGUGAGUGUGACAACAUCAAAAAUAGUUACAGAAAACGAUUCAAAAAGUGAAGAAUUGAGAUUUCUUCGACGUCAAGAGCUGCGGGAGCUAAGACUUCUUCAAAAAGAAGAGCAGAGAGCUCAACAGCAGCUCAGUAAUAAACUCCUACAACAAAGAGAACAGAUGUUCCGACGCUUUGAACAGGAAAUGACAAGUAAAAAGCGGCAGUAUGAUCAAGAGAUUGAAAAUCUAGAAAAGCAGCAAAAACAGACAAUCGAACGUUUGGAGCAGGAGCACACAAAUCGUUUACGAGAUGAAGCAAAACGUAUCAAAGCAGAACAGGAGAAGGAAUUGUCCAAAUUCCAGAGCAUGUUGAAAAACAGAAAAAAAGAGGUUUUUAAUGAAGUGGAGAAAGCACCAAAAGAGCUGAGAAAAGAGCUCAUGAAACGCAAGAAAGAGGAGCUUGCGCAAACCCAGCAUGCUCAGGAACAAGAAUUUGUGCAGAAGCAGCAACAAGAAUUGGAUGCAUCUCUUAAAAAAAUCAUCCAGCAGCAAAAAACAGAGCUAGCCAGUAUUGAGCGAGACUGCCUGAAUAACAAGCAGCAGCUUAUGAGAGCUCGGGAAGCUGCAAUCUGGGAGCUGGAAGAGCGACAUUUACAGGAAAAACACCAGCUUCUCAAACAGCAGUUGAAAGAUCAGUACUUCAUGCAGAGACAUCAGCUACUUAAGAGGCAUGAGAAAGAAACAGAACAGAUGCAACGAUAUAAUCAACGGCUUAUUGAGGAGUUAAAGAACAGGCAUACUCAGGAAAGAGCAAGACUGCCCAAAAUCCAGCGAGGGGAAGCAAAGACUCGAAUGGCUAUGUUUAAGAAAAGUUUAAGAAUUAACUCAUCAAGCACUCCAGAACAGGAUCGGGAGAAGAUUAAACAGUUUGCUACUCAAGAAGAAAAGAGGCAGAAAAAUGAGAGGUUGGCUCAACAUCAAAAACAUGAAAAUCAAAUGCGGGACCUUCAGUUGCAGUGUGAAGCAAACAUCAGAGAACUGCACCAAUUACAGAAUGAAAAAUGCCAUCUACUAGUUGAACAUGAGACUCAGAAACUAAAAGAGUUAGAUGAAGAACACAGCCAAGAACUGAAGGAAUGGAGAGAGAAACUAAGACCAAGAAAAAAGACACUGGAAGAGGAAUUUGCUAGGAAACUUCAAGAACAGGAAGUUUUCUUUAAAAUGACUGGAGAGUCUGAAUGCCUUAACCCUUCAACACAGAGCCGGAUUUCCAAAUUCUAUCCAAUCCCUAGCCUGCACUCCACUGGAUCGUAACUAGGAACUUCUGUAGAUUUUCUUAUUUGGAAUUCUCAUAUCUCCAGCUUCUGCCACAGUAGAAUUUACAAACUACAUCAGAGGAUCUCAGUGCUUCUAAGUUUCAGUGGAGACAAUCAACUGUCACUGUCAAGAUUUUCCUUUUUGUUUCUGAUGGGGAGAAGACGAAAUAGAAGAACAGACAUUGAUCUGCAAUGAUAAUAUGAUGUCAUCGUUCAGAUGUUUCAAGAAGAAUUUUUUUCUUUAUAAAUCUGUUUCAGAAAUGUUGUCUACUGUUUUGACAUUAAGCAAAUAAGCCUACAAUGUUAGAUAUAGUCAUUAAGGUCACAAAAAGAAACUGUUACACAAGUUAUAUGAACAAUGCAAUAUUAUUACCUUUUAUUAACACUGAUUUAUCCACCGCAGAAUUUCACAACUGAAUCUGUGCUGUAAAGAGUUUAAAAGUUUUGUGUUAUUGAGAGAGUCAUUCUUAACCUGGGGCAGAAAUAUUUCUUCAAAGUGUAUUGUUGAAUUAGAAGAAAAAGAGCCUCAACAUAAUUAGUUACAGCAAAUGCCUUUAAACAUUUAAAAAUAAAUCUUCUGGCAUCAUAACUCAAGCAACCAAACCUCCAUUACAUGUUUUGUACAUUAAAAUCCAUGAUGAAAUGGGGUGCUAGUUUCAUUAAUCCAGUGCCUGAGAUACUUAUUAAUCUUUGCAAUAGGAUAGGCUUUUAUUGUUGUUUUAAAAAAAAAAACCUUCUUAGUAUUGGUUACUGUAAAAAAAAAUCUUGCUGCUACUGCCAUUUUUGUCAUAAUUCCUCACCCUAAAAUAUUUUGCACUAAAAUAUGUAAAGGUGAAAAACCGCUAACUUUAAAAUGCACAAGUUAUUAUUUUCUUUACACAUCAGAGGUAUUUACUUCUACAAAAUGAAGUAAAAACUAUAGAAUGUAUUUUCAAAGUAUAAUGUGCAUUUGCACAUUGUUUCUCUAACAUACUUGGACUGGGUAGAUGAAUCCUUCUGUUUUUACCAAAGUCUCUUCAUUUGAAACUCCAUCAGAGAAGUGGAAGUGGCUGGUCAUAUUUAUGAACUAAUUGCCGAUAUCUGAUAUGAAUAGAAAUAUUUUGAAAUUUUUGUUUGUCAAUUUAAGUUAAAUAUGUAGACAAACUACUUUACAGAUAUGUAUGUGUUUGGGUUGGGGUUUUUUUGCCACAUAAUAAUUAACGUGUUAUGAUUUUUAUUUUUCAAGUUCAUACGUGUACUGUGGGUUAUUUACUUGAUUGAUUUGCAGUGGGAAGAAAAAUCUGAAAUGUUUAUCUUGUACCCGGUGAGGAAAAGGAAAAGUAGACUUGGAGGUUUAGAAUUUUGAGUCAUAUCAAGACAGUAUUAUAAACUGUACAUUGGUAUGCCAAAGUUAAAUUUGUAAAAUAAUGUUUGGUUUGUCAUUUGAGAUGAUCUUUUAGUAUCUUUGUAAAAGUUCUUUUAUUUUUGUUUGUUUGAUGCAAGCUAGCAAAAGAAAUGAGACUGCUGAACAUAUAAUGUUCAUUUCAUGGGAACAGUGAUGCAUGUGAAAGAACUGAUUAUAAAUUAAUGUAGAAUUUUAAUUAGCCUUGGUUGAAAUCUUGGAUGCUGAACUUUUAGCCUGUUAGUGCAGACAAUUUAAAUUAACAGCACAGUAAAGAUAAUUGAGAAAUGCAUGUUUUUGCUUAAAUUUUGUAACAUUUUUGAUAAGCAUAACUUACUCUGAAAAUUACUUUAUAGCUAGCCUUAAUUUCUGGCAUUUUAUUAUAUAAAUAUGUAUUGUGUACUGGAUGUAAAUUCACAUACCAUAUCAUACUAGAAUGUUAUAUGUCGCUAUUUGCAAAAUUCUGUAAUAUGUUUAUUUUAAAAUGCUAGGGUGAAAAAUGUCUUUGAAGGCCUCUACUUUUUAAGCUACAUCUUUAUAAAAUGACUAGAACUAAAUAUAAUAUUAAAUAGUGUUUAUAUCGCUAUAGUCACCAGAACAAUGUGUGAAAAACGGUUGCAAAGUACAUUUAGUGUUUAAUUUUUUGUGAGGGCGUCAGGCAGAUUUUCCCUAUCCAAACUAUGCUUUCACCUCAUUCACAAUGUUUACUCGCUUCCCAGGCAGGGUAUAUUUUUUUCUCCUCACACUCCCAUCAUUUUUGGUUAUUUGAAUUAUCUUUUGCUAAUCUGUUUUAUGACGCACUAUAUAUCUUGUUCUGCAUUUGUAAGACUUUUUAUUUGACUUCCACUACCUUCCUCAAUAAUCUCUGUAACCUUAUCCCUUCAGAAGUUGGAUAAACUAAUUUAUUAAAAGAAUACAGGAAGGGAA